AUGUGUCCGCGUGGGCAAAUCGGUUGGUUAAAUGCGUCGCGUGAUCUUGGCGACCGACUACUGCAGCGGAGUAGGCGAGACGGGGAGCAGCGGCCGGACCGGGAGCCGACAAUCAUAAGGGACGAUUCCGAUGGCCACCUAAUCUAUCAGACCCACGAUGUCAUCCGCAAGAGAUACGAGAUCGUGUCUCAUCUCGGCGAAGGCACCUUCGGCAAAGUUGUCAAGUCCAAAGACCUCAGGACGAAAACUACGAUCGCCUUGAAGAUAAUCAAAAAUGUGGAUAAAUACCGGGAAGCUGCGAAGCUGGAGAUAAACGUUUUGAAAACCAUUUUGAAGAGUGGCUCUGACGGGGCAAGGAUGUGUGUAAGAAUGCUGGACUGGUUUGAUUAUCAUGGCCACAUGUGUAUUUGCUUUGAAAUGCUGGGACUCUCUGUGUUCGACUUCUUGAAAGAGAACAAUUAUCAUCCGUACCCGUUGUACCAAGUGAGACACAUGGCUUACCAGCUGUGCGAAGCAGUGAAUUUCUUGCACGAGAGGAAGCUCACGCACACGGACUUAAAGCCGGAAAACAUCCUCUUUCUCAAUUCUGACUACGACAUUGUGCGAUCCGGCAGAAAAAGAGAGAGCAAAGUGGUGAAGCAGUCGUGGAUCAAACUGAUCGAUUUCGGAUCAGCGACGUUCGACGACGAGUACCACUCGACUAUUGUUUCAACGAGGCAUUACCGAGCUCCUGAAGUUAUUCUGGAAGUGGGCUGGAGUCAUCCGUGUGACAUUUGGAGCAUAGGCUGUAUUAUUUUUGAAUUGUACACGGGGUUCACAUUAUUCCAAACCCACGAUAACCGGGAGCAUUUAGCCAUGAUGGAAAGAAUCUUGGGAACUGUCCCUAUUUGGAUGGGGAGAAAAACUUCGACUUCCUAUUUUCAUAGAAACGGAACUCUGGACUGGGAUUCUAGAUCUUCUGCAGGCAGAUUCGUUAAAGAACACUGCAAACCUCUAGGAAGAUACAAAAUACACAACGAUGAGGACACGAAGCACCUUUUUGAGCUGAUCAGCUCGAUGCUGGUCUAUGAUCCCAAGGAUCGAACAAGCUUAUUGAAAGCGAGGCAGCACAUUUUCUUUGACAAACUGUCACCGAAAGAAAGGUUCGGUUGCACCUUUUCUGGCUCGUGCACAAGAUCCCCGGACGGAUCAUUUCGACAACACGAGUCUUCUCUAUCCAGUGGCCUGUUCCUCUAUGCCGCAGCCAUGUUGAAGCGGUUAGGUGCGAUGGCCAACGAGCUCGGAGACGAGGGCCUCGCAGAAAUUGGGAAAUGGGGUCCGAAACAACUCGAUGACCUGUUGGAAGCCCUGCAGAACUUCUCCCACUCCCUGGACGAUAUCAUCAACGACCUCGGAGGCCGGCCCGGGGCAGGUGUGACGGAAAACGGUCAAAUAACCGACCCCACGGCCCGGGCCUUGUUCGAGAGUCGCAGCGUGUUCGACAUUGUGGACGCGUCGGAACCCGAGCGGGAAUUGACAGUGCCCGCGGGUGCGAGGCCCGCCAAACGCCCGCGACCAGAGUCACCCAAGUCCAAGGCCAAGCGGCUGCCUCAGGGCAAGCCCAGGAGUAAAGAAGGUGCUUCUGCAGCGACGAUUGCACAUCUGCAACAGGACAAUUUGGCCAGAGCCGAAGUGCGGGAGUUGAUUAAGCGACAGGAGAAGCACGAGAAGCAUCAGAUGCGGAAUGGAGGCGGGCCUGAGGAGAUUAAGCCUUUCUUCAUCAUGCCCAAGAAAAUUGGCAAGGUGGAGUGUGUCCAGCCUGGGAAAGGCGAAGUAUUGAUACCCAAAAGAAAAGCCCCGGCAGCCCCUGGAAAUCACAAGUCAACUGGAGUACCUGGAAUGAGAAUAUCAAUGGCAGUCGACCAAGCCCAAAUGGAACACGACGAAGGAACCGCUGAACUUCUCAAGUCCCUUCAGGAUGAUGUUGUUCAAGGUCUCCUUGGACUGGGGCAAACUCAGGGGAUUAUAUCUGAGAGCAUGUCGACGGUGUUGUCAGCUGGAACGAGUGCGGGAAUUUCAUCAGCCGGACAUGUGUUCACGGAUGUAACAUUGAAUGCCCUCAAUGUUAAUGAGGAUGAAGAGGAAGGCCUCGGAUUAGAUUAUCUUCAAACAGCAUGAACCCGAUUUUGCAUUAUUUUUUUACUGGUUUGUGUGUGAGAGCAAUUUGUAUACUUGGCUCAGUGAAGUACAAAGUCUUGUCAAA